AUGUCUGAAGCUGCUGUUCGUAAAGAUCUCCUGGAGAAAAUUCCAGAUCUAGAAAAUGACGAUAAAUUGUUGUCUGAAUGUGUAAGCAUCUGUACCGACUACAACAUUUCCGGGGAGGACUUCUUUUACCAAUGGGAGUCGUUGGUCUUCAAUCCAAUGAAUUCAAUGCGUGAUGCUCAGAAGCCGACGUUUGUAGCUGCGCAUGCAGAAUCCAUUAAGAAGAAGCUCAUUAAUGAUGUCAACGCUCGAAGAGCCAAGGAGCAGAAGGAGCAGUCUGCUGCACAGAAACGCAAUGCGCUGAUGGCCGGUAUGUUGCGCAAGUCCGCUGCGUCCCGCAGUACCCAGAAAACACCUUUACACGGUAGUUCCACGCCUAGUUCCAAAACAACAGACCGAUACAUGCACGAAAAGACCUCAGAAAGGAGCGAAAUUCUUGACGAUCGGAUAGACGAAUUCGCCGAGCUGAUUCGAGAACAUUAUAAUAUCGACGACCUUGGCGAUCCUUCUUCCACUUCCGAAGACAACAUUGUAACUGUUGGUCGAAUAUGCAUCGACGUUGAUGCAGCAACGUCAGCAAAGCUCACAGGAGAGAACAUUUUCCUGGAAACAUCGCGCAUGAUGGGCUCGGGAUCUCGUAUUUCUUUGCGUUUCAGUGCGAACUUGAAGUUGCGAGGCGCACCACAAGGUGCUGGUAGCGCUGGUCUUUUUUCAGGAGCGAUCGUAGCUCUCCGAGGCCGGAAUGGCGGUGGAAAUUUCUUUGCCGUGGAUGAAAUCCUUGCGCUCCCGUCAUUGACCCCUUCACCAGAACCAGCGGACCAUAAAGCAUUCACCUUGGUUAUGGCGUGUGGGCCAUAUACAUCCGAUUCUGAUCUCGGAUUCAAGCAGCUUGGUUCUCUUAUGGAAAAGUUACUCUCUUCGAAGCCUUCCGUCCUCGUAUUGCUCGGCCCAUUUUUGGAUAUUGCCCAUCCAAUUAUCAAAUCUGGUGACAUCGACGAGAUGCCGUUGGAUAUAUUCCACCGUUGUUUUGUCGAGCCGCUUAGGAGCUUCUUACAUGCAUCCCCGGAGAGUCUCGUUCUCGUUGAGCCAAGUAUACGCGAUUUGUUGAGCGAUCAUCCCGUGUAUCCUCAAUGCGAAUUCGAUAAUAAUUUGUUCGCUGAUCCUAGAGUAAAAAUGAUACCCAACCCGUGUCGAUUUUCUAUAAACGAUGUGUCUUUCGGGAGUACCUCAGUCGAUGUUCUCUUCCAUCUACGUAACCAGGAAUAUGCGCAGCGAGGGACACCGGUUGAUCCUGUACCACCUGUAUCUCCAGAAUCGUCAGGGGCGGACCCUCUUACCAAUGCCUGCAGGCAUCUUUUAUCUCAGCGCAGCUUCUAUCCUAUAUUCCCCGUCCCAGCUGAUUUGUCCUCCGAUGUGAACCUCGAUGUAUCGCAUUCAGGCGGUUUGCGGCUCGAUACGAGCAACGAGCAGCAUGCACCAGACGUAAUUUUCUUACCAAGUAAACUCAAACAAUUUGCAAAAAUGGCAGAUGGAACAUGGGCCAUCAAUCCGUCCUUCCUAACUAAAGGUACUUACGCGUCGAUCUCAGUGCCGGAUACGCCUCGGGCGGGAUUGAGGGCGGCGAUCCAGUGCGAGAUAGUGAAGCUAUAG